AUUUCACCUUCACAUAGGUGAACUUGGCGCUUUUAUCUAGGAUUUUGUUUGUGAAGAUGACCAUGUUUCGACUUAUGUUUUUGAUUGGUCUUCUGUUCACAAUUUCUUUUUCUACCGCUGAGAAGCGGUUUUUACUUGAUGAUCUCCUAAAGAUAAAAACCAACGUUGAUCCAUGGCAAUCUUGGGGCCCUUGCACGGCAUCUUGUGGGGUUACAGGAACUAGAACCAGAAAACGUACUUGUCAUAACGUGAUAGUAAUAAUUGACAUAUCAAACGAGUGUCUCAUUAAUGGCACACAAACAGAGUCUUGUAUAGGAGACUGUCCUUUAACUUUAUCGCCCAAUAUACCAACAACAACAACACAAACAACAGUAGCAGCAGCAACAACAAAAGUGUUACCAGUAAUCGAUCUCUGGUCAACUUGGCAUGGUUCAUCCCACUGCAGUGUGUCAUGUGGUGGAGGGUUUAGAACACGAAGUCGAUCCUGCCAUCACCACCACUCAUGUGAUGGAUCGUCAACCAGGACUGAAUCCUGCAACACGCAGCCGUGUCCAGUUGACGGUGGGUGGUCUAGUUGGCAAAGUACAGCCCAGUGUAGUGUCACGUGUGGUGGGGGAGUGAUAAAACGGACUCGAACGUGCAACUAUCCGCCUCCAGCCAAUGGCGGCUAUCAAUGUCAGGGGAAAUCACUCAAGAGUGAACAUUGCAAUACAAACCCAUGUCCAGUAAACGGUGAAUGGUCAAGUUGGCAAAAUCCAUCGCAGUGUACCGUGACUUGUGGCGGAGGAUUGAGAGUACGAACUCGGUCGUGUACCAAUCCGACCCCAGCCAAUGGCGGACAGCAAUGUGUUGGUUUAUUUUUUGGAAGUGAAUCUUGUAACACGCACCCAUGUCCAGCCUCCUUGACUACGACCACUACGACGCCACCACCGACAACUAAGACUACCACUAAAUCAGCAACAACAACCACCAAACCUACAACAAUUAUUUUGCAACUGCCAACAACUACCAUUACUUAUCUGUCUCCACCAACUACCACAACAACUUUGCCACCACCAACCACAACCACCCCACCACAACCAACAAAAACCACUACUGUGACACCACCUACGUCUUCUACCUUCACAAUGCCGCCACAAACAACAACAAAGUCGACACCAACGACAACCAGAAAAAAGUUUUUUACAAUACGCGCUGUCUUCAAAUAAAGAGAAUAUGCGUUAUCAAUUAUUGUCAUAACUUGUCAGUUGUUUUAAUGUAAACGUAUUGUAUUUGGCGUGUGCGAUAUUUGGCGGAAAUAAGUUUUUGAACAAGUUGGCGUGGAUUUGAAUUGGCUUAUCCCUGAAUGUGACUAUUCUUAUACAUAGAUGUAUGGCAUUUAGCGAUGUACUUGAUUUAGCGGAGGGCUGCAUUCCGCCAAAAGCUCUAAAUAGAAUACACCGCCAAAUGUAGUUCGUUUACAAUAUAUCUUUAAGUAUUUAAGAUGAAAAAAUGUUUAUCAUGCAGGCCACUAAUGUGAACAAAAACGUGAAGUGAAUUUUUUGAUAAUUCCAGCCUUUUAUACAGUAGUCUCAAUACGCAUAGCUACUGGCUUUCUUUACAGUA